AGGCAGGUAUCGCGCUCGCCACACCGGUUGUAUCACACGAAAACGAUCGAACGAAACUCUUUAUCAACGAACAAAGGCAUAUAAAUAAAUAAAAUAAUACAGUUUCUCAUAAAUAAAUAGUGCUACGUACAUACAUAUUUUGUACGAAUACAUAUAUAAGUGUGUUAAAGAAAAAAGUAGACAUGUAUGCGUCUUAAAUGCAUAGCGGUAUCACAAAACCAGAUUGGAAGUCUUCUAUAUAUUGAGUUGCUAUUUGUUUGUUUAGUACGUGUGCAAGUUUGGCUGAUUUAGUCUGGAUUCUAUGUCUCUUCGGAACCUAAAACUAAAGGAUCUUCCCAAUGCACCCACGAUGCAAACAGCACGAGAAUCCAGUAGACAAAAACGCACCAACAAACGUCGGCAUUCGAGAAAAAAAUCGCUCUCCCCGUCCGACCUAAAAAGCACAAGAGGCGAUAGCAAAAUAGAUUUUAAAUUUAACGGCAAAAGAUCUCUUUCCGAAGGGUCUAUGAAAGUGAAGCAUAGAAAGAGUAAUAUCAGACGGACUUUAACCCAUCCUAUCACGUGUACCGAUGAAAUACACGAUGUUACUAUGAUUGGCGUGUUCAAUAGGCACGUUAAAGUUGAGGCGCCUCCUGAAAGUGAUGAGUCAAAUCUGCCACCGACCAGUAGCGAUAGAGACACUGAGGAUGAUGGAAGGAUGCUGCCCAGACCUGUAGUUCAGAGAUCAAGAUGGGAUUCGGGCAGUGAAAUGGAUUCUUUGGUGUCGACUGUAGUGAAGCGAGCCUCGGCGCGACGACGCAGGACGUCAACGCACCCAGAGUGGGGCGUCAGCAGUGAGCCAGGAGAGGCAAGCGAACCAGAGGCCGGUCGCAUGCGUCCCGAGGACUACCGCCUCGUUUUUCUCAGCUCAGACUCAUCGUGUCGCGAGGACACGGAAGACUCCUCGUCCACCGCCUCCUCCGCCGCGCCGCCUGCGCCCGACGAUUGUGAUUGGGAUUAUUUCGAACCGGGCGCGGCGGCGGCGCAGCCCACUCCUCCACCUACCAAGCACGCGCCGCAGGCUUGCCCGCGGCCCUGCUCCUGCGGCGCGGAACCUCGUUUGAUAGCCGUUCCCGUUCCCGUGCCAGUACCUGUCCCUGCCGCACUUUGGCCCGCAUUACUCGCUUUCCCCUCGCAAACGCCACCGACGCCACACUGGAACACCUAUCCCGGCUUCCCACCGCUCGAUGCAGCGGCGUUCGCGAGACUCACCACGGCCGCCGCCGUCGCCGUCACUGCUGCUGCUACCGCUACUGCUACCGCUCAACCUCAAACAAAAACACUUCAGAUGAUGGUAGAAAGAAAUGAUAAAGCAAUACAAUCGGAAUCGCCACAAGCGCCAGGGCCACGUGAUAACGAUAACAAUGAUAACAGCUUUAAGCCGCCAGUCGGACAUGAUACGUCAAACGAUAUGAAGGUGAUCGCCGAGGAGGAAUCUGUAUCGAUAUUGUCGGAACAAAUGGAAAAAAUGCCGGAACAUUUGGAAGCGGAAAAAGCAUUUCCCUCGUCGAACGAAUCUGGCGAAUCGAGUGACUCGGAUGCGAGCGUCGCUCGUCGAAGUUAUGACGUAACUAGUGGUGCACCUGAAGAACCAGCGACUUCAGAUGAGGACUCCGAUGACUCUGGAGGGGGAGGUGGCCGAUUCUCAAGAGUGUUUGUGGUUAACCCAGCUGACUCGUCAUCGGAUCUUGAAGACAAUGCUGACAGCAGCGGAAUUGAUUGUGAUGAUUCCGACGAUAAAAAGUCUGACAUUGAAAUAAUUGCUGUGGAAGUGGCUAUGCAAAAUGAAUUAAGUGUUAGUGCGGAAUCAAAUGAUAGCGAUCCCGAAAAUAAUUCUAGUAAUUCUGGUAUUGUGCUUUUAGAGUCCAUUAAUUUAUCUGAAGAAAAUUUUGUUAUACCGUAUAGGAAUAAUAUUCAUGAAAAUGAUGAAGAAACAGUUAAAAAGUCUAACUUUUUCAAAUUCUGCGAUAUGAAUAUGCUCCAAAGUGAAACCUGCGAGAAAUAUAAUAGUUUUACUGCGUCUUGUAGCACCAGUAUCAGUAAUUUAGAUAAUAGUAUUAUUGAUAGCAACAACGGUAAUCAAAAUAGAAUUAUAUCGAAAAAUGUGGAAUGCGAUUCAUUAGAUAAUACUUUUACCGAAACAAAUAACACAAUUGAAUCGCCGAGACAGGAAUGCACUAAACAAAAGUUAAAACUAGAUGAAUCUUCAAACUCUUCAUUAAGAAAAUUAGCACCUUCACCGGAACUUACACAAAACGAGCCCGUUUCGUUGCCACACGAACCACCAGCGGAAAAAAUAGACUUGUUUAAAGGUAUUGAACGAACACUCGGUGAACUAUUGAAGAAAGAAUUAUUGGAGGAUCAAGAGGCGGAGAAAACUCGCAGUGUGAGGCCGGCUUGCACAGGCACGGAGGGGGGCGCGAGCGCACCUGCCGCGACAACAGUUUGCCGCUCGCGCAGCGCCAGUGCGGACGGGUCCGCGCGUUUCACAAGUCGCGUUAUGAUAACGCACGACUGCGUCUCAGUCGUGACGUCGGAUACGACGCGGCUCAUGCGGGAUAUCACAGUGCAUCAUACUAAUUCGCAAAACGAAACUCAACCGUCCACUAAUGAACAGGAUAACGAAUCAACUGAACGAAUUUCCGACGACGAAGCGCAACAGCCUUCGGGCGGAGUGACUGUUGUUAGCAAUGCCGACACUCUCUCAGCCGUUGUGUGCCUCGAGGAGGGGCUUGCCGACGACGACUCGUGGGUCGAGGACGUCAGCCAUGACGAGGACGAGGCCACUUCGCCCUCUGACUCGGAUUCAGGGGAUGAAGCGUCGUUACCCACACGAGGAGAAGAUUUCGCGUAUUGUCGACGUUCCCUAGACUUCACUUUACACACAAUAGUUGAAGAAAGUUGCGAAGAAAGCGAAACGGAACAUACUUCGAGGAAACCGCGACCUAUAUCGGCGACCGAAUUAGAGAAAUAUUUCUUUUUCGGUUUGGGUGACGGCAGGAAUGUUCGUGAUGAUGAUGAUGAUGAACCAGUGUCAGAAACAUCAAGUGUGUGCAGUGAGGGUGGGGAAUCAAUUGUUGACAAUGAGCAGCCAAAACGAAGCAGUGAUAACGAUGAACUUGUGUCAUCACGUCUGGAGAAGUAUUUUUUGUCGGGAUUCAUGGGUUUUAAUCAAGAACGACGUGAUUCAGAUGGAUCUGGUAGUGUGGGAAGUGACAGUGAAGGCAGACAAAGUCCUGAACAAAGGCGGAAGCGAUUAGUGCGUGCACGUGGUACACCGCGGUCACACUCAUCAUCUUUAGAUAAUUUAUUAACGGGUGAAGAGCCUUCUCAAGAUACUCAAGAAGUAUCAGAUGGGUCUAGCACAGAAACUGAAGAUCGCCAUGACUCAUCAGAAAGGCUUGAUUUACAAGGUGAUUCCAAAAGAAAGAAGCAAAACAAAAAAAUACGAGGGUCUCCAGCAGAUGAACGUCGUCAAUCAACAGAGUUCCCAGAAGAAACACGUGACGAUACUAGGUCUGUUUCAGAAGGUGAGGAUGGCAGAAUAUCACCGAGGCCAGAAUUCCCACCGCUUGGAUCUGAAUUGUCUGAAUCUAAGAAACAAACUAGCAGAGAUAGUGGAUUUGUUGGCAGCUGCGACGACCUAUUACGGAACGGCGAUUCAAAUUCAGAUUAUGUUAGAUCUCAUGAACCUAAAACAGAACUGGAAGAAAUAAUUGAAGAAAUGAGGCCUGAUAUAGAGGAACGAGUCGAAGGACCUUCGUUUUCCCGUCCACCCCCAAGUCCUUUAUCACGUAAAGAUAGCUUUAAUAACUGGUCAUCAGACGAAGAAACUAAUCUAAUGAUGACAAAAAUGCGUCAAUUUUUCAAACAAAUGAUAAAUUCAACGAAUGUGCGAACCUCCGCUCCCGCAUCAUCAAAUUCCGAAAGUUCACGCCCUCCGAAACCGCCUCAAUUAUUAUAUUUUGAAAGUGAAUUAACAAGGUUAAUGAAAACAGUUCCGGGUAUAAGAGACGAGGAAGUGCGAGAAAUAGUCGAAUAUCUUUCAAGUGAGGAUACUUGGAGUGAUUCAUAUGAUUCGUCAGACUACGCCGGCUCAGAUUUGGAGGGUACUUCAGUAAAUAGAUCUGCAUUGAGAAAACAAAUAUCCGACAGCUGCCGAGAAAUUAUCGAUGAGUUUGAUAAAGGCAAUAGUGAAGCUGGGUCUCUAGAGAGAGACGCAGCGGGGGCCUACAAAAGACUGGCGGCAACCCUGGGUCGAGCUGGGGAAGGUUCACCGCCACUGUUUGGCAAAGUUAUGCGACAUAUAGGUGGUAGGUUGGUGGCUUUAAUGCAUGAAGUGUCAGCAGGAGCGUCCCCAAGUACAGAUGAUGACAGUGCGUCGGAGCCGGGAGCAUUAUCACGGAGUAAAUCUCACGAUGUGUUGGAAGCUACAGCCAGUAGAGGAAGUGUUGCUAGUGACUGUGAGAGGUUUUCUUGGAGGGGUAGUUUUGAGUCAGCACUGCUAGCGGCUGACUCGCGGGGCACGUUAGGCGGAGGAUGUGAGGCGCGACGGUCACCCGCAGGGGUGGAGCUCUCGGCACAACGAUCACACUCCAGAAGCUGUGGAGCAAUCAGCGGUAGUGAGGAUAGACUAUGGCGAGGCAGACGGCGAGCCUCUGCCCCCGACGCUGAGUCGGAAGAAGAAGAACGUGCAGGAUCACUCCCACGUCUCCCGUCUGUAACUGGGACGAGUCCAGCUCCCGCGGGCCCAGUCAAAUCGGCCCGGUAUCGGGCCCCAGGUUUUCGCACUGCAACCCGUGCGGCCUCAGCCCCAGGUCUCCAUGCUCCGCGCCGUCGUCGGCCCCCACCUACACCUCAUCAGCCCGCUCCCGCCGCACCUGCUUCAGCUCCUAGCUUACAAGAUGAAGUAUUCUCUGACACAGUGUCCCCUGGUCAUGCGACUUUGCCGAGGCGGUCCAACUCACCACUGCCUCACGAGCGAGAUCUGGACAGGGACCGGUUCCCAAUUAAUAGAAGUGGCCUUCAAGUAAGUUUAAUCAGUGCUACCAUAAGAUUGUUUAUGUUUUAUUGAAUCAUUAUUUUUACU